AUGUUGGUGAUGGAGUUGACUCUCGACGCUUCAGCUCUUGGUGUAGUCAGAGAAAAGAACAAGUUCUGCUGUAGGAAGAGCUGCAGUUUUCUGGCAUUGCUGGGUCUUGGGUCUCCACCAUCACAAUCUAAUAAUUUUUCUUUGUAUAAACUGUCCUUGGCUCACUUGCAAAGACAACUGUGCACUUUGACUUGCUUUUCUUACUGCUGUAAACUAUGCUGGAUAAUUGUGGCAAACCUAUCUAACUUUUUUAAUCCUUUUCUUUCUUUUUUCUACAGCAUUGUCCAAGAUAUAACAGUUGGUACAAAGCGGGGAUCUGACGAGCUUUUCUCUGCUUGUGUCACUAACGGACCCUUUAUCAUGAGCGGCAACUCUUCUGCAGCUAAUGGAAACGACAGCAAAAAGUUCAAAGGCGACAGUAGAAGCGCUGGGGUCCCCUCCCGAGUGAUCCACGUGCGGAAGCUCCCCAGCGACGUCACGGAGGCAGAGGUCAUUUCUUUGGGCCUACCUUUUGGCAAGGUCACCAAUCUCCUAAUGUUGAAAGGAAAAAACCAGGCUUUCAUAGAGAUGAACACGGAGGAGGCAGCCAACACCAUGGUCAACUACUACACCACAGUCACUCCAGUCCUGAGGAGCCAGCCCAUCUACAUACAGUUCUCCAACCACAAGGAGCUUAAGACAGACAACUCUCCAAACCAAGCACGUGCCCAGGCUGCUCUGCAGGCAGUGACCUCUGUUCAGAAUGCCUCCGCUGCAGCUGUGGAUGCAGGAAUGGCCAUGGCUGGACAGAGCCCUGUCCUGAGGAUCAUUGUUGAGAAUCUCUUCUAUCCUGUCACUCUAGAUGUUCUGCACCAGAUUUUUUCCAAAUUUGGUACUGUUCUGAAAAUCAUCACGUUCACAAAGAACAACCAGUUUCAGGCCCUGUUACAAUACGCUGACCCUCUGAGUGCUCAGCACGCCAAGCUGUCUCUGGAUGGACAGAACAUCUACAACGCCUGCUGCACGCUGCGCAUCGACUUCUCAAAGCUCACAAGUCUCAAUGUAAAAUACAACAAUGAUAAGAGCAGAGAUUAUACCCGGCCAGACCUACCUUCUGGGGAUAAUCAGCCCUCUCUGGAUCAGACUAUGGCAGCUGCUUUUGGUGCCCCUGGGAUAAUCUCUGCUUCUCCAUAUGCUGGAGCUGGCUUCCCUCCUACCUUUGCAAUUCCUCAGGCUGCAGGCCUGUCAGUUCCAAAUGUUCAUGGAGCACUAGCUCCUUUGGCUAUCCCAGCAGCUGCAGCGGCUGCAGCAGGACGGAUUGCCAUUCCCGGCCUCACUGGGGCAGGGAACGCUGUUCUGCUGGUUAGCAAUCUGAACUCUGAGAGAGUUACACCCCAAUGCCUCUUUAUUCUUUUCGGAGUCUAUGGUGAUGUGCAGAGGGUGAAGAUUUUAUUUAAUAAGAAAGAAAAUGCCCUAGUUCAGAUGGCUGAUGGAAACCAGGCCCAGCUUGCCAUGAGCCACUUAAAUGGCCAGAAGCUCCUGGGGAAGCCCAUCCGGAUCACCUUGUCCAAGCAUCAGACAGUGCAGCUUCCCCGUGAGGGACAGGAGGACCAAGGUCUGACUAAGGACUAUGGAAAUUCUCCUCUUCAUCGUUUCAAGAAACCAGGCUCCAAAAAUUUCCAAAACAUCUUUCCGCCUUCUGCCACUCUUCAUCUGUCCAAUAUUCCGCCUUCAAUAAGUGAAGAAGACCUUAAGAUGUUAUUUUCAAGCAAUGGUGGGAUGGUCAAAGGAUUCAAAUUCUUCCAGAAGGACCGUAAAAUGGCUCUGAUCCAGAUGGGCUCUGUGGAAGAAGCCAUUCAAUCACUUGUUGACCUCCAUAAUCACGACCUGGGUGAGAAUCAUCACCUGCGUGUGUCCUUCUCGAAGUCCACCAUUUAAAGCUUUGGAAGGUGUGAGACAAAAUGGACUUGACUUAAAACCUCUUGGGUUCAGCCUUGACCUUAAGAAGGCUGAACACUAGGGUUUCAACUUCCAUCAUUCCAGAAAAAAAGCCACUUUAAAAAUGCAGCUGAAGUGACCUUAAAAAACCAGAGAUUUUAUUUUUUUAAAGAGAAAUCAGUUUACCGGUUUUUAAAAAAGAAAAAAAUUAAAUCUAAUUCCUAUUGCUAACCUUGCGGUGAUGGGUAACAAUCUUGACUGUUCAAAUAAAAAUCACAAGUUGAAGUUUACACUUUGGAACCUGCUCUGGGAAAUUCCCCUCCUGCUCCUUCUCGCCCAAAAAAAGCAGAUCCUAACAAGUUUAUCAGGUUUCACAUUGAUGCCUUUUUUAUUUUCUUUACCCAUCCAUGCCUUGAAAGACCUAAAACCACUGUGUAUGUUCACUUUAGCGCCUUUGAGUCAGGAUUCUGCAAAAUACAUGGUGUAUAGGAGCUCCCAACUCACCCAGCACAAAAAUUAAGUUGCAUUGAUCCUACCUUAACUGUGCAUCUGCUGUCCUGUGCCUUAAACCUUUCACUUCUUUGGGGAAAACAUCUGAACUGCAGGGAGUGGAUUGGGAGAGUUGAGGGGAAGGAGUGAGCUCUGGCUCAUGGGGUCAGCCUGUAGUGAAGGGCAAGUGAAGCUGGCAAAAUGGAUAAAGAAAAUAUUGGGCUUUGACUCUUCAGGCAGUUGUAUCUCACUGUCCAUGAAAUGUCUCAAUCUCCGCAGUAUCAUGUGUCUUUGUGCCACUCCCAGUCAGCAGACUGUAAAGUGGGAGUCACUUUAGAUCUUUUGUCCAUAACAUUCAGACUAAGCAGAAAGGUCUGGGUGGGGAAGUGUUCCCAAGACCACAUCACAUUCCAUUGUCCCUGCAAGUCAUUGGGCUCUGCCCUUCACAAGAGCAUUGAUCAAGAGACAAAAUUAACCACUGUUGGACACUUGUGAAGACGAAUCAUUAAGAGUUUGUCAAAAUUGUGUGUAUAUAUAUAUAUCUAAAUACUUGGCUAGGAUUUGGAGAAUUAUUGGAUAUCCCACAUUUAGAAAGGUGUUCAUGUGAGUCACCUUCAUGCCCCUAAUUUGAGAUUAACAAGACCAGUGUAGCUCUGCCAUCAUUCUUAUAGCAUGUCUUCAGCAUUUGAGCUUUUUGUUUUAAUUCUUGUAUUAUACUUUUUGAUGCUGUUGCUGUCAUCUGUGCCUAGCAAUAUUUCCAGUUGACCAAAUAUUCUAAUCUCUUUAUAUGCAAAAGAAAUAGUUUAAGUACCUUUUAUAGAAUGAUAAGGUGGUAUAAAUGUAAUCUAAAUUUACUCCUUUGUGGUAUUACCCUUGUAUACUGUACUUUCUUUUUUUUUUUUUUUUUGUAAUUGAAACUAGGGCAGGAAUUUAGUUGCCAGGCUGAGGUCAUGACUGAGGGUGGGUGUUGUAACGAGUUGAUAAACGUGGUAACGAGCAAAGCAGACUUUUAAAGCAAAGAGUUUGAGAUAACAAGCACAAGUAGCUUGUGAAUUGAAGGACCCAGGCUAAAGUUUUUAUCUUUUUAACGUAUAAGCCCAGAUCUUUUAAGUUAUAGGAAGGGAAUUUAUUAAAAGUAGAAUGCAGCAGAUCGUUUUUUCCCAAUGAUAAACUGUUUAUUGGUUUGUUUUGUUUUUUCUGGCUUACAACUCUUUCCUGGGCCAUUCUGCCUUCUAUUUUGUGUAAUCCAAUGUUGCCUUACAUUUCCCUCUAACCUGCAACCUGUUCGGAUGCAAAAUAACAAGAAUCUUCUACUUUUUUUCAGGGUUUUUCUGCAAAUUGUGGACCAAAGUUUGUUUUUUAAUUGUCUUAGUGUUGCAAGUUAUGAUUUCCUUGCUUAGUGUGGGAGCUCUUGACUUGUCUAGCACUGAGUGUUUGGAAAAGUCUUAACUUUUCGUAGUUCCUCCCUGAACUCGAGGAUGUGAAUUAUGCUGGAGAAGUGUGUGAAGUCUGAGUGAGGGUUCACUUGGGUUGCUGGUAUGAGGUUGGUCAUCCCAGGCUGCCAGAGCCUCUGGUUGUGGCUGAGAAGGGAAAAGAAAGACUCUUGUUUCCUCCCAGUCUGGGUAAGCUGGAUAGUCCUGCCUCUGGGGAGCUCCAUGCUUCCUCACCAGCUCCUCAGGGAUUUGAGUGUCCCAGUAGCUGCCACCUAGAGCCCGUGGGCUGGUCCCCUGCCCACGGGGACACUGGGAGCACCACUGGCCGUUGGUGCCGGUGGGUCCCUGCGCAACCCAAGUGGAACCGCUGUGGUUUAACUGCUAAAUGCGUUCAGUCCACCUCCCCGGGGGGCCCAGGAGGGGCUUGUUGGAGAGGAACCCUCUGGUGGCCUUGAACGUGGAUUUGGCCAACCCACAGGCUCCAAGUGUUUUGCAAAAUGCAAGCAAAUGAAUUGAGGUAACCCCGAACCCAGGCAAUUGCGGGUUUUUCCUUUGGAUCCCUGUGUUUGCAUGUAAAGAAUGUGAGUAACAAAAGGGUGUACAUAUUUAUAAUUUUUUUAUACCUGUUGUAAGACAUGAGGGGGCAGCAAAACCCAGUUUUUUAUGGUGAACAGAUGUAUUGUAUAUUUUGAUAACAGCUAUUACAGGUUCAGUAUUGUGGAAGGUGGGGUGGGGAGGGUAAGCAUACACAACAUCAGACUUCCAUUGCCUCUUUCAAAGAAUGUUUGUAAUGCAAAAAGAAAUGAAAUUAAAACUAUUUUAUAACAA